AUGCGCGAGACAACUGAUCUCCCCAAUCAUAUUUUGGGCUCGGGUUCGGGAGAAGAAAUAUCUUCCGAGAUGCAAAGCUUCACGGAUGAAGUCAACCGCCUAUGCUCGCUUUCUUUUGUUUCAGACAAGGCCGGUGAGAGCCAUUAUGUGAGGGCGCGUCACAUGUCGUCGAGCGAGCGCAUCUCGAUUCACAAUACUCAAGCCGAAGAGUGCAGGGAUGCCGAUUUGGACGAUCUGUUUGGCCUUUCCCACGCUGUAAGUAACAUGUACCUUCUAUCGCCACCAACCCAACCUGCGUUCGAGAGGGUUGUCACGCAGCAGCAUUGGGCUCGCAUUACGCAGUCUCCUGCCACUUCGUUUCUUUCUCGGUUCUCCCCGUCUGAGGAAAUGUUGAAUACAUGGUCGUACGUAUUUGAUGACGAUAUGAACAUCCGGGAUAAUUCCAUGAUCAAAGGAAAGUACAUCAUUGGGAGAAUCAUCUGCCAGGGCGCAAUUACGGAAAGUAGGGAGGGCAUUCCAACGACUGCAAAUGGGUUUCAAAAUCCGGUGGUUUUGAAAAUCGUCAAAUUCUUGCCCGGCACAGAGUCUGCGCACAAACUUUGUCGGCUUUUUACGAAGGAAAUCUCAAUCUGGAAAUCGCUUGACCAUCCAAAUAUCCUUCCCCUGCAGGAUCUGCAGACCUUUCCAGGAAUGAUUAUUGCCGUAAGCCCGAUGGCAUCGAAGGGCGACCUUCUUCGACUGAUCCAACGGAAUGGUGGCGCCGAUAUCCCGAUCUCCAUCAUCAAGAAGAUAAUGCACCAAGUUGCCAAAGCGCUUUAUUAUUUGCACGUGGAAAAGCGUAUCAUCCACCGGGAUGUAAAGCUGGAGAAUAUCUUGAUCCAUUCCUUUGAUCAGGUCUACCUAUGCGAUUUUGGGCUUUCCGAGCUUAUUUUGAGACCCGAGUUUUAUGAAAAAAAACCAGGCCCCCUUUGUCACAUCUGUAUCAGAGUAAAUGAGACUUUUCCUUCAUCUUCGUUUUCAUGUCUAUGUUCGUGUAAUCGAUGUGCUCCACAAAAAAAACCAGCAACAGAUGACGCCUGCCAAGCUAAGCAGGAAAGCGGGUCUGCAGCACACUGCACAGGCUCUUUGUGGUAUUGCCCUCCUGAAGAGCUUUUACCUGAGCUCAAGUCGCAGAUUUCCGAUUGUUAUUGUGAAAGGGUGCUCAAUGGACCGAAAGCGGAUAUUUGGGCGUUCGGCGUUUGUCUGUAUGCUUUAGUUAAAGGGAAAUAUCCCUUUAUGGACGAAUUUAUCCCACGGCUGCAAAUGAAAGUAAAAGCUGGCGUUUAUGAACCGAUCACUUAUCUUCCAGACGUCGAUGAGCGGAGCUUGGCUGAUUUGAAUCAAAUUUUAGAAUGCUCUCUUUGCGUAGAUAGGUACAAGCGUUGGGACAUCAAACAGGCCAUCAGUUCGGCGUUUUUUCGGGACUUUAGUACUUCCUAG